AUGUUUGAGAACGAUAUCGGCGUCGAAGAUAUACCUGUUACGACAGAGGAGGCUCGGCGGGACGUGGCCACCUUUGUCCGCGCUGAGGUUCGACGACUAGAUUUGCGAAACCUUAUGAAUGAAGACGCGGCUGUCGAAGUACUACUCAAGGGAUGUGAUGCCUUAUUCUUACUAGCAUACUACCGUCUCAAAAUACUCUCUGCAAACCGGGGAAGGAUACGUACCCAAGAGGACCUUGACAAAAUUCUUUCCACUCUACCGGCCGAUCUCCGGGAGUUCUAUGACUGGACUCUACGAAACUUGGAAAUACAAGAUCCUUCCAAGUGUAUCCUGAUGAGAAGGAUAUUUUUGUGGUUGACCUAUGCCAAGCGUCAGUUGACCUUCAGGGCGCUAUCCACAGCCGUCUCUGUGGGGUUUGGGAAUGAUUCGUCCGUCAUAUCUAGCCAACACCUUAUCCCAGGAGGCCUAGAAAGCCUAUGCGGUGGACUAGUUGUACUCAUGCCCCGGAAAGAUAUGGAGUCAAGCGAAGACCUCGGAAUCGUUGCACUGGCGCAUAACUCGGUCAAGGAGUACGUGUCGGACUUCGCUCGGCAUCAAUCACCACUGCCCCUGUUGCGGGAUUCUAGCGCUUGUAACUCGGAGAUCGUUCAGGCUUCUAUAGCCUACAUGUAUUUCAACCACGGAAAGCCCUUAUCGGACUCUUCGUUUUUGGACUACGUCUACAGAUUUUGGAUGGAUCACCUCUUUGGCACGAAGACGCCUACUCCCUCUCUAACAAACGGCCUCGUGAGGUUCUUUCCAUCGGGCGAAUGUCUUGCUUGGUGGGAAGCAACUGACAGGGACCUCCAUUGGGGUAUAAACGAUAUACAUAUCCUUCAGUCAGCAUUUCGUUACUGGAUCACGAAGGUUGCUCCGAGUGGUUCCAAACUGGGUCAAACCAUAGAAUUCAUGACCACCCUACAAAAAAAGCAGCUCGAGGCCUGUGCCAAAAAGCAUGGUAAAAGCCACCCUCUGUCGCUAAAGUUCAUGGCCAACCUUGUCUCGACAUAUUGGAUUAGUGGAAGACCUCAGGAAGCGGAAUUCCUUGGAGCAGAACUAGUAUCACGGUGCAAAAAAGCCAACCUCAGCAAGAGUCCGGACACUGUUGAUGCGUUAUCAGGGCUAGCCGAAGUAUAUGGUUCUUUGCCUCGCAUGAGCCGUUUAGGAUGGAAGGAGGCAGAGGAUCUUCAGAAGCUCAUAAUUGAGACACGAACUUCAACAACCGCUUUGGGCGAACGUGAUGCAGACAUUUUAAAGUCCAUGCUCGGUCUAGUAGUUAUCUGCGGUAGGGAAGGGCGCGUGAAAGAGGCAGAGCUUUAUACGCAAAAGGUGAUCGAUAUUAGCGAAGGAAUCAUAGGAGAUCUACAACAACCGGAUGUCUCUAAAGAACAGAUAGAUUCCAAGGGCCUAGAAACAGCUGGGUGCGCAAUAGCCCUCGUGAGAGAUGAUCCCGAGAUCAUUGAAAUAAUGAACACCCUGGUUUCAGCUUACGGAAAUCUGGGUAAAAUGUUGGAUGCCGAACGCGUUGGACUGCAAGUUAUUGCUAAGAGUGCAAAGGUAUUCGGCAAAAAAGACCCGCACACGCUGUCGGCAAUGGAGGAUCUCGCAAAUGUGUAUGGCGGGCAGGGUCGAAGUGAAGAGGCUUUGAAACUGGGUCAAAAAGCGUUCGACACGCGCGUAGAGGUCUUAUGCCAGGACCACCCCGACACCAUCAAGGCAAUGGGUCUUCUGAUCGCUUGCUAUAUGUCGAAAGGGCACAUCAAGAAAGCUCAGUAUUUGGCAGUAAAUCUGUUGGACAUUCGCCGCAGAGUCCUAGGCAACGAUAAUCCAUCCACGCUCGCUUCUAUAGAUAUGCUGGUGCAGAUACACUUGGAGCAAUCGCAGUGGCGCGAAGCAGAGGGCCUAAUUCGUGACCUUAUAGCUGCUAGUACCAGGAUUCGAGGUGCUGAUCACCCUGAAACCUUAGGCGCAAUGAAUCGCCUUGCGAUGGUGUACGGAUACCAAGGCAGGAUGCAGUAA